CAUCAGACAUGAGUGCCCCUAAAGGUCAAGUCUUCGUCAACUGAUACCAAGUUUUUGCCCAUUGAUGAGUAAACCUUUGUCAAUAGUAGCCUCCCUCAAAGCCUUUUGUUCAUUCUGAAACCUAAGCCUGAUAAAGGAAGAAACUUGCAACAGUUGUUCAGGGAAUUUGGGUCCAUCUGUAAUCUUAAUCCAAGGAAAAUGGCUGAAAUAGGCACAGCUGUGGCGUCAACAUUAAUAGAGCGUGUGGUGGAUGCAAUUAUAGGUCGUGCUCGAUGUUUAUUCUAUUUCAAGAAGUCUGUUGUUGAACUUCAAAAAUCAAAGAGAGAGUUGGAGAAGUCAUUGCAGCACAUGAGAGAACGUGUUAAAGAAGCCACGACAAAUGCAGAGAAGAUUGUGCAACCAGUUGAAGAGUGGCUGAAAGAUGUGGAAAGGGUUCUGGAAGAUGUGCAGGGGCUGGAAGAAAGGGUGGAGGAAAGUGAAUGCUGUUUGAACAUGACAUUUAAGUAUUCUCUAGCAAAAGAGGUAAUAUGCAUGACGCUGCAAAUGAAUGUGGUGAACAACAAUAACAAAUUUGAGCCAUUUUCACACCCCAUUAAACUCUCAAGCAUGAAUUACUUCUUUCCCAAAGACUUUGUGGCAUUGGAUUCUAGGAAGCCAGUUUAUGAAGAGCUACUGCAUGCAAUCCAAGAUGAGAGGAGCAAUGUGAUUGGAAUGGUUGGUGUGGAAGGUUCAGGUAAAAGCACUUUAGCAAGAGUGGUGGGGAAGCAAUUAGAGGAGUCAAAGCUUUUUGACAAUGUGGUUAUGACAAUUGUGUCUCAAGAUGUCAAAUUGAGAGAUAUUCAAGGUCAAAUUGCUGAUCACUUGAGCUUUUCAUUGAUGGAAGAGACAGAACUUGGCAGGGCACUACGGUUAUCUCACAGGUUAAAAACUGAGAAGAUUCUCAUCAUCUUGGAUGGUGUAUGGGAGAAGCUGGACUUGGAAGCUAUUGGGAUUCCAUUGAAUGAGAAUGAGAAGAGAUGUUGCGUCCUCCUUACCACCCGUAACCAAGAAGUUUGCACCUCAAUGAACUGCCAAACAGUGAUUGAACUCUCUUUGUUAGAUGAAGAUGAAGGUUGGGAUUUGUUCAAGCAGCGUGCACAAAUACAUGAUGAUUCUCCAGAAGAAUUGAGAGAGGUGGCUAAGAGAGUCUUUGACAAAUGCAAAGGACUGCUAGUUACCAUUGUGGCAGUGGCAAGAACUUUGAAGGGAAAGACUUUUACCAACUGGGAAUUGGCAUUAUUUAGACUAGAAACUUCUGAAUCAAUUGAUGUUCAAGAGGGCUUGACAAGUACCUAUGAAUGCAAUGAAUUGGAGGAAAUAAUUUGCUUGGAUUGGAAGGAUGCAGGUCAACUUAGAUACUUGUAUGCCCCUUCCCAGCCAGUUUUUCCCAAACUGAGGAAAAUCUUAAUCAAAGGAUGCAUCAAAUUGAGAAAAAUCUUCUUCCCUAGCAUGGUUUCAAGCCUCCCAGAGUUGAGAGAGCUGUCUGUACAAGAUUGCAAUGAAUUGGUAGAAAUUGUUUCUUCAGAGGAAGCUAGACAAUUGGCAAAUCUACCUUUUCAAUCUCAAAAAGUUUCUUUCCCCAAAUUGUGGAUGGUUGAGAUAGAAAGAUGCAACAAAUUGAAAUCAAUUUUCUUUUCAACCAUUGUUUCAAGCCUAUCAGAGUUGACACAGUUGUCUAUAUGCAACUGCAACAACUUAGAGGUAAUAAUUUCUUCAGAUUCCGAGGAAACACAGAAGCAUAGAAAUGUAAAUGCUCCUUUCCCACAAUUUUUCCCCAAACUAUGGAGGAUUAGCAUUGAGAAUUGCAGCAAACUGAAAACAUUCUUCUCUGCUACCACCGUUACAAGUCUACCAACGUUGCAACAGCUAAUUGUAAAGGACUGCAACACAUGGGAGGAAAUAAUUUCUCUAGAUUCAGAUCAAGCAGGACAAUUUAGAAAUCUGCAUCCUCUUUACAAUCAAGAAGACUGUUUCCCCAAACUUGGAAACGUCCAGAUUGAAAGAUGCAACUCAUUAAAAACAAUCUUCAUCAUGGAAAUUGUUUCAACCCUUUCAGAGUUGCUUGUGUUGACUGUAAGGGGUUGCGAAGAAUGGGUGAAAAUAAUGUCCUUAGGUUUAGAGCAAGCAAAACAAUAUGCUCCUUCCAAACAAAUUUGUUUCACCAAACUGCAGAAAAUUGAAAUUGAAAAUUGCAAAAGGCUUAAAACAAUUUUCUUUACAAACAUUGUUACAAGCCUUCCGGAGUUGGAACAAAUAGUUGUAAAGAACUGCGAUGAGUGGGAGGGCAUAGUUUCUUCAGAUUCAGAGGAAGAAAGACAGUAUAGAUUCCUUUCUACUUCUUCCCAAGAAGUUUGUUUUCCCAAAUUGAGGAAGAUUAGUUUGUUUUCCCAAAUUGAGGAAGAUUGAAGUCGAGA